GUAACCACUGUUUGGAGCACUUUCAGGAGCCGAACAAAAAAAUAAAAAAGCAGAGUUCCUGGUGAGAGGAAAGACAGCAGGGCCAAAGGGAAGAAGAGCAGAGGAGAACUCGAGAGAGAGGAAGGAGCAGAGGAAUUUCUGCAGCCGGUGGGCCAGGAUGGGCUCCGAGCCGAGCAAGGAGAAAUUCCACUGUAACCAGUAUCUGAAUGGACAGGGACCUCCAUCACUGGAGCACCAAGCUAACGAAGGACUGAACGGGGCCUACAGAGGAUGGACCAGCUGCCAGCCAGAGGGCCAGAUGACCUGGGUGAUCCUCCACAGGGACCUGCCAGGAUACCCCGAGGACAACACCCUGCAGAUCAACUAUGUUUUCCCUGACGGCAUACAGACGGAGAAGCAUCCUCAUCCUGGCCAGCCCUACACAGGGUUGCGCAUGUGGGCCUACCUGCCCGACAACCGUGAGGGUAGGAAGGUCCUGAGACUGCUGGACAAGACUUUCAACCUGCAGCUGCUCUUCACCGUAGCCACCAAUGAAAAUGGAGAAGAUGUGGUCGCCACAGCAGCUAUCCCCCUGAAAACACAACCUGAUGGAGGAACCAAGAUUGACAGCUACCCAGACCCAGACUACCUGAAGAAUGUGAGGAAGAUCCUUAAAGACAAAGGCAUCGAGUAACAGGCAGACUGGAGGACAGAAGAAUCGAUGUUGGAUGACAGAUGAAGUUGUAAAUCAGUAGAGAGAGAG